UAGAGUGUCGGAUUUGUUUCGUAGGAGGACCGGAAACAGCGUGAGGUUACUGACUGAAGUCUUUCCGAGGUGCAGCACCAGUUUCUAGUUUUUUUUGCUGUUUGUGAAACAGAGAUGAUGUUGAGAAGUGCCACUGCUCAGAUCUUCAGACAGGCGGUGAGAUGCAUGAACACAGACACCAGCCUCAUCCUGGAGAGAUCCAUAAACCGCGUCCAGCUGUUGGGCCGCGUCGGUCAGGAUCCCGUGAUGAGACAAGUGGAAGGUCGGAACCCCGUCACCAUCUUCUCGGUGGCGACAAACGAGAUGUGGCGCUCCGGCGAGGGAGAGGUCAGCUCAACAGGUGACGUCAGUCAGAAGACGACGUGGCAUCGCGUCUCUGUCUUCAAACCUGGUCUGAGAGACGUGGCCUACCAGUACGUCAAGAAAGGGUCCAGGAUUUUAGUGGAGGGGAAACUGGAUUACGGCGAGUACGUGGACAAGAACCAAGUGAGACGCCAGGCUACAACCAUCAUCGCAGACAACAUCGUCUUCCUGAGCGACAACGUGCGAGACAAAAUCUGAACAGCUUUUCCUUGUUUUUCUAUCUUCUUGUUUAUACUUAAGGGGGACAGAUUAAGAUGUGACACACUGAUCAUGUUUGACUGUAGUGCACUCCUACAGUAUGUAUGUGUGUAUAUAUAUGUAUAAAUAUAAAAUCACUUACUGACGGUCAUUUUUAUUGUAUAUAAUGUUCCAAAAAUACACUUAAUGCCAGUUUUCUCAAGCUGUGUGUGAGGGGAAAAACAAGUUUGAGGGAUAAAAAUACACUUAAAAUGUUUCUCAUGAGGUUUUGGAGCAACUUUCGCUCAUUAUUAAUGACGUUAUUCAGCAUUUUCUGUGUAAAAACUGAGUCUGUUUAGGAUUUGGACAAUUAUUCCAAGAUGUUUUAACUUCUGUCUCCUGUGUGUUUGGAAUUUCUCUAUUUUCUGUUCCAGUUAUUCUUCAUUUCACUGUUUUCACAUCAUAAACUGUCUAUAACAAUGACAAA